AUGUCACACUUGACACGAAGCGUCUUCGUCGGAGGACCUCCUGGUCAAAGGCAAGAGGAGAACUCCUGGGUGCUGACCGCCUUGCGAAGAGACGAGACUUUGAUCACCCAUUUUGCAGCCUUCGGCGUCGCGAAAGCCUAUUUUGCUCGACUGUACGAACAACCCUGGCUUUUGGCCGAGGCUGCACAAGACUACGGAAAAGCCCUACAACAAUUGAACUCGAGCUUAGCAAGUUCUGCCUCUGCCGCUUUCGCUAGGCAUCUGGUAGCGAUGUUCCUACUGGUAUUCUACGAGCUGUUGUGUCCAACUUCACACGCAGGCCUUUACUACCAUUUCCGCGGUAUCGAGACCCUGAUCCAUUCGCAAUCGCCAACCUUUUAUCAAGCUCAGCCUAAUUUAGGCUACUUCAUGCAAGCUCGAGUCCUCGUCAUAUCAGGAGCCUUGCUGAGCUCGAAGAAGACUUUUUUGGCCGAACACGACUGGAAGUUCAUCCCGUGGUCAGGGCAAACAUUCAAAUCGUUAUACCAUGAAAUUUGGGAUCAUCUCAGUGACGUUGCGACACUUCUGGAGGAAUUCGAAAAAUUAACAGAAACGAAGGAAAAGGAGGUUGCAGGUUGCAACUUACUUUCGAACAGAGUAAAAAAGAAAUUCGACAGUAUCGAAUCGUGGAGACGGCGUUGGGACGAACAGAAUAGCGGCAAAAUACUUCACGUGGGAGUCGACUGGAGACAAACGUUGCUGCCACGUGUAGAUCCAAUCGUGAAUGUGUCGAGUGCGCUUGCGUACGCCAACCAGCAAUGUGCGCGCGAGAUUAUGCUAUACUACACAGCGCUACUUUAUCUCUACUCUGUGACAGCAAAGUCUCAGACACUACUUCAGUCUCCUCCCACCUCUCACAUACACCUGGAGCUUAGCUCCCCGGGUUGUGGCCUCCACCAUGUCACUUGGCAGAUUAUCCUCUCGGUUGAUUACCUGAUGACAUCUUCACGUGUAAAAGCUGGCAUGUCAUUUCUGACCUUGGGCGCCGACGCAAUGCUGAGAUGUUACAAAAGUGCGGACUGGCUCAUCGAUUUGUUGAUGCGCAUGGCAGAUAUAUCAGGGUAUGGCUUCUUCAGGCAACUGCUGAAGUACCACGUCCCGCACGUGAUCUCAGCAUAG